AUGGGAGAAAUCGCGCAACCCGCUUUUUUUGAGUCGAAACUAAAGCAAAUUGUAUAUUGUGGUGUUUGUACAUUGCCUCCAGAGUAUUGCGAAUUCGGCGGUACCGCAAAGAAAUGCGAAGAAUGGUUGAAGGAUAAUCACGAGGAAACGUAUCAGCGGCUAUACUCCGAAGAAGCUCUCAGUUCCAACCUCUCCACGCUCUCAGUGUCAGUUCGCGAACGUGCAGCUAAAGACGCCGCCAAGAAGGAAGCAAAAGCUGCACUGGCAGAAGCGCGUGAUGCAGAACGGAAGGCGGCUGCUAAGGUCCAAAUCAAGCGUGUCGAGCGCAACAAACGAAAGCAUGUCACAGUAAUAACAGGCUUGGAAGUACAUGGACUGGAGAACAAGAAAGUGGCCAAGGAACUCGGGAAGAAAUUCGCCACCGGUUCCUCGGUGACAAAAUCACCCGCAGGAGUCGAAGAGAUUACAGUACAAGGUGAUGUGAGUGAGGAUGUUCAAGAAUGGCUCCUGGAGGUGUACGGGAAGGAGCUUCCAGAGUCAAAUAUUGAGCUUGUUGAGGACAAGAAGAAGAAAAGCAGUAGCUGA